AUGGCUGUUAAAGCAAUCACCGAUCACCACUUCCAAACCGAACUAGCCGCAGCAGGAGGAAAAUUGGUCGUUGUGGAUUUUUCCGCAGCUUGGUGUGAACCGUGCCGAAACAUAUCGCAGUUAUGUACCGAAACGGCGCCGUCCCAGGGCAUGUCGACCAUGCCAAUGUUUAUUUUCUACCGAGCCAGAACAAAGAUUGACAGGAUGCAGGGUGCAGACAUUAAUGGACUUGAAGCCAAAAUACAGAAACAUUACGUCGCCAGCUUGUAUGAAUCUGGAGAAGAUUACGGUCAUGGAAUGUUGGACUUGAACACCUUCAUCCAGAAGAACCAGUGCGAAUGUUUGAACGAAUCGAACGACCACCCGAUUGUGAAUGCGCUCAGUUCCAGCGCUGGUCAUCUGGUGUCCGAUUGUGACGAACAGUUGAUCAUUUCGAUUACCUUCAAUCAGCUGGUCAAAAUCAGUGCCAUCAUGUUCAAAGCACCGCCCUCUCACGGACCGAAAAAAUGUGAGAAUCUUUAUCAAUCAACCAAGCACCAUCGAUUUCGAUAUGGCCGAAUCGCAAGUUUCGGUGCAGAAUCUGGUACUGGAGCAGAUUGUUUGAGCCGCUGGGAGAAGGAUGGUUAG